AUGAAGGGAGUCCUCGAAUUCGUCCUUGCCGCUUGGACUGCGGAAGCUCUCCGUGACCGCUUUUCGUCUGUUGAGGAGCAGGUCACCAAAGAACUCAGUGAGGCCAAUGUGACAGGUGGCCAGCCAGGCGGUCGCUUGGGUACCGUGGCUUUGAAAACCGUCCAGCAAGGUUUGAAACGAGUUCGUCCGGGACAAGCUGCGAAAGGGUUCCAAUUCAAGGCGCCUCGUGGCUUGGUGCAUGGAUUCCAUCCCCCCAACUAUGCCUUCAAUGGACUCGGCCGCGGCGGUGUCGGUCUUUCCAGGGGGUUUGGAGGUCGACUGGGUGGGAUGCCCAACCAGUUGGGUCGAAUGCCGAUGCAGGGGGUGGCCCGGCGUUUUGCCUCUGGAAGCACCGGACGGCAGAUCACGAAAGGUGUGAGGAUGAUUGGAAUGCAGAAUUUGGAGGGGGGCCAAUACACGCAACUGAUGGGUAGACUGAUCGUGGAAGCCGUAGAGUCCGCGGCACACCUGCGCACUGGUGAAGAGAUCGCCAAAUCUAUCCGCAAAGCUGGAUGGAGAAUUUGGUAUGGGACCCUUCACAAUGACAUCACAGUUCUGGUUUCCAAAACCGAAGUGGGUAUUGGAAGAGCAGCCGAAGACUUUGUUGGACGCUUCAGGAUUCAGCAGGGAGGAAAGGAUUUGUACGUGACCCUUCUCAAGAGGGCUGAGUAUUCACCGCCGUUCUUGAAAAAUGUCAACUUCGGGGUUGGUGACUCAGACAAAGUGCUGCUGCGGACCUUCGGCCAGGGCUUGCAAUAUGUUCGGAACAUCUUUCAACAGCAGAGCUUACAAUUCAUGAGACGGCAGAUCGGGGAGGUGGCGAAAGCCGGCGUGUCGGAGAGUGCCAUGGCCCAGAAGUUGGAGCAGGCCUUGGUGAAGAACUGGGGCCGAGGCUGGAAUGUUGUGGUGUCGAAGACGGAGAUGGAGGUCGCUACCAACGUCAACGACAUCAUGGCUAAAUUCAAGGUGAACGACGUCUUCUUCACCAUCGUGCGCCAAAUGGUCUGA